AUGUCUUUCCUCCGCCUUUCUACAAGGGCUCUACCAGCCAAUCUGCUCCCCCGCCAGCACGUCGCCCGCCGCACCAUUGCAACAGCAAGCAAGAAGGAAUGGCUCUGCAUUAUUCCUGAUACACCAGAGGGUCCCGAACUGAGAAAGAAAGUUCGGGCGACUCACAUGGAAGGAGUCGGCCCCCUCGUCCAGGCGGGAAAGCUAGUCGCAGGUGGUGCGAUGCUGGCCACUCAUCCCGAGGAAGGCCAAGAUCUGUCAUUCAAGGGCAGUAUGCUUGUGUAUAUGGCUGAAAACUUGGAGGAAGUGCACCAGCUUAUUAACGGCGAUAUCUACGCUAAGAGCGGCGUUUGGGAUUUGGGAAAGGCUCUUGUUGUCCCGUAUUUGUCCGCCGUGAGGGAGCCUUUGAAGAAGGAUUAG